AAAUAAAUGCGAAGUUCGCAAACAAGCGAAGUUACAUAAUCUGCGUUAAGUAAGACCUCGAGCACACUUAAAUAUAGAUUCUAGAUCUAGAUCUAAUUGAAUACCUUUCGAUUGUCAUCUCUCCUACUUAAGAACAUUGUGUGAUUUGCAAGUAGCCUACAAGAAUGCUUUCACAUGUUUCGAGGCUGUCCAGACAGUUAGUUAAAGACGGGAGUCGAGUUUUAACUUCAUCGAUACACACGACAGCUAAUGAAAGCCAAAAUCAAGCGUCACAGAAAGAACAAACUGAUGAUGUUGCGACAACUCAGGUUACAAGGCAGAUGCCAGCAAGUGACAUGAGACCUUUAUAUUUAGAUGCACAAGCCACAACCCCACUGGAUCCAAGAGUUCUUGACAAAAUGCUGCCCUUUAUGUUGAGCAGAUAUGGUAAUCCCCAUUCACGUACUCAUGCCUAUGGUUGGGAGAGUGAGGCAGCCGUGGAGAAAGCCAGAAAGCAAGUGGCCAACUUGAUAGGUGCAGACCCCAAGGAAAUCAUCUUCACAAGUGGGGCCACUGAGUCCAACAAUAUUGCUGUCAAGGGUGUGGCAAGGUUCUACAAGAGCAAGAAAAACCACAUCAUCACCACACAAACUGAACAUAAAUGUGUCCUUGAUUCUUGCCGGGCUUUGGAAGCUGAAGGAUUUGAGGUGACAUACAUGGGUGUUAAAACUAAUGGCAUAGUUGAUGUAGAGGAGCUAGAGAAAAACAUUCGCCCAGAGACUGUUUUGGUGUCAGUUAUGGCAGUAAACAAUGAAAUAGGUGUAAAACAGCCCAUAGCUGAAAUAGGUGCACUUUGCCGAGCUAAGAAAGUUUUCUUCCACACUGACGCUGCCCAGGCAGUUGGCAAGAUCCCAAUGAGUGUCAACCAGAUGAACAUUGACUUGAUGUCCAUCAGUGGUCACAAGGUCUAUGGACCAAAAGGUGUGGGGGCCCUGUUUGUCAGGAGGAGGCCCAGAGUAAGAAUAGAGGCGCUACAGAGUGGUGGCGGGCAGGAGCGAGGCAUGCGCAGUGGUACAGUGCCAACACCCUUGGUGGUCGGGAUAGGCGCAGCUUGUGAGCUGGCACAGGAGGAAUUGGCUUAUGAUUCCAAGAGAAUCGACCAGUUGUCCAAAAGGCUGGUGGACAAAAUCAUGGAAGCGUGUCCAAAGGUUGUGAGAAAUGGAGACAACCAACAGACCUACCCAGGUUGUGUCAACCUCUCAUUUGCAUAUGUGGAGGGGGAGAGUCUGUUGAUGGCACUCAAAGAUAUCGCUCUUUCUUCUGGAAGCGCCUGCACAUCAGCUUCACUGGAGCCAUCCUAUGUGUUGCGUGCCAUAGGAGCAGAUGAAGAUUUGGCACAUUCAUCCAUCAGGUUUGGCAUUGGGAGGUUCACAACAGAGGAGGAAAUAGAUUUUACAGUGGAUCGUUGUAUCUCACAUGUGAAGAGGCUGAGGGAAAUGAGUCCUUUGUGGGAGAUGGUCCAAGAAGGUGUGGACCUCAAGUCCAUCAAGUGGACACAGCACUAGGCCUGUGUCAGCACUAGGCCUGUGUCAGCACUAGGCCUGUGUCACCACUAGCCCUGUGUCAUCACUAGGCCUGUGUCAGCACUAGGCCUGUGUCAGCACUAGGCUUUGUGUCAACACUAGGCUUGUGUCACCACUAGGCCUAUGUCACCACUAAGCCUGUGUCACCACUAAGCCUGUGUGUCAUGCCUGCAUGUCAGUGUAAUUUGAUCAGACCAUCCGAACAAGUAAAAGUAAACACCCCCAAGAAGCUACAGAACCUGAAUCUCAAGCACUACACAUUGUCCUGGUUUAUUUUUUUAAUGAUCUCAUACAAUGAAGUUAUUUAAGUUCUAUUCAGAAAAUUUAUUGCAUAAUUUACCUCCUUUUUGAAUUUACUGAUAUCAGAGGAAAUGUGUUUGGCUGUAUACUCAGUAGCUGUUCCACAGUAACUAUACCAUAUAGGUAGUAGCUGUACUGUAUAUAAGCAGUAGCUGUACUGUAUAUAAGCAGUAGCUGUUCCUACUUUAUAGAGACAGCAGCUGUACUACAUUUAGAAAGCAGCAGUACUGUAAUAUACACAUAGCUAUACUAUGUAAGUAGUAAUAUUUGUGCAGUAGAUAUGUCACAUAUGCAGAAUGUGAACUUUACAAUGUAGACAGAUCACUACAAUUUUUUAUGGUCCAAUAUUUACCAUCUGUAAAUAGUACAAGAGCUAUCUUGGUUUUAACUCACAAAUAACUCAGGUUGGGAAAAAUUUGAAAGCGUGAGCAUGAAUUGCUAGUGAGCCCCAAACACAGAUCAGCUCAAGUAUUAAAUUGUACAUACAGUGACUCAAAUGUAAUCAGUUGCAUUUAUAACCCUUACAUUUGUGAUACCCGUAUACAAGUUGUGUAGGAAUGUCUGGUGUUGUGUACUUGAGUUUAAGCUGUCUUGAAGCAGGGAUUGGAAUGUGAUGUACAUGGUGGGUAGAUGUUGUCUAGUUGUCUUAGGUUGAGUGGGGUGGUUAUGUGGUGGAUGUUAUGGAUGUGGUGACUGUUGAUGUAUGGAGCAACAAAUGUAUAGUGUCACUGGCCAUUCAUAUGUUGCAUGCGGUGACUGUUGAUUUAUAUGUUGGAUGUGAUGACUGUUGAUUCAUAUGUUGGAUGGUGUCACUGGACAUUCAACAGUUGGAUGUUUUGACUGUUGAUUCAUAUGUUGGAUGUGGUAACCAGUCAUUCAACAGUUGGAUGUUUUGACUGUUGAUUCGUAUGUUGGAUUGGUAACCAGUUAUUCAAAUGUUGCACGUGAUAACUGUUGAUUCAUUUGUUGGAUGUGGUAACCAGUCAUUCAAAUGUUGCAUGUGAUGACUGUUGAUUCAUUUGUUGGAUGUGGUAACCAGUCAUUCAAAUGUUGCAUGUGAUGACUGUUGGUUGAUGGAGCAACAAAUGUAAUUGUGUGCCAGUUGUUUUUUUUUUUUUUUACUCGAGAUUAAACCAGAGAUUUUUACUUGACCAACACAAAAGGUACUCAGUUGUUACUUGACCAACACAAAAGGUACUCACUUGUUACUUGUGUUCUCAGAGGACUUGAAGCUUGCUGUUGUGAUGACCAUCCAAUGAUGGCUCCAAUUGGAUUGUUUCUUAUUAAAACAUUAACAAACAA